AUGUGCUCGAGCUGCAACAGUGGCGGCGGGGUAUGGAAGUGCAUGUCGUGCAUUGGUUAUCCAAUCUUCUGCCCGACCUGCUGUCUCGCCGAGCACCGGCGAACACCAUUCCACCGGGUUGAGCAGUGGAACCUCGGAGGAUACUGGGAGCCCUCAUGGCUCCGUCAAGUUGGAGUUCAAUACUCUCGGCCACCGGGGCAGAGAAUGCCCCCAGCCGGCGGUUGUCGUGGAGGAUGA